AUGUUGUCUUCUAUAUGGCACUAUGCUGAAACAACAAAAUCUGGCCAACCAUUAUUAAGGGAAACCGAAAAAGAUAUUGUUGUCAUUGAAAAAGUUGGAUUAUCUCAAGGCAAAUAUAAAAUCCUUAAUAAACAAAAUGGUAGAUUCUAUUUAACCACACAGAGAUUAAUAUAUGUCGAUGACUUGGACUUUUUUAAUGAAAGUUGUUUUAUAGAUCUAAAUGAAAUUAAAUCAAUUGAUUAUUCCAGCAGAUUUUGGAAAAGCUCCCCCAAAUUAAUCAUAUAUUUUGACAUCAAUACAAUUUUGAAUAAAUCCAUAGAUAAAAAAAAAAAUAAAAAUUAUCCAAAUCUCAUUGGUAAUAGCUUUACACCCACUAAGGAAAUAGUUUGGGACUGUCCCAUCUGCAUGAUGAAUAACACAUCUAGUAUAAAUUUGCCAAAAAUUAAGAACAAAGAGCCCUUUGUUUGUGUUAAUUGUGGUAUUCCUUAUCCAUACGAGGAUAUCAUGAAACAUCAUGAUAAUAACAAUACUAUUAAUACUAAGAACAGUGUUGAAAGUGCAUCUCAAUGCCCUAAAUGCACAUUUAUUAACCAUCCAUCACUCAUGUCAUGUGAGAUAUGUGGAUCCAAGUUACCCAAUAAUAAUAAUAAUAAUAAUAAUAUGGGCAUUGACAAUAAUGUCGAAUAUCCUCAAAAUACUUAUAAGCAAGUUAAAUUAAUUUUGGAGGGAAUAAACGAAAGUGAUGACACAUCACAAUUAAAAUCUCUAUUACCCGGAGAAAGCAAUGAAAGCAAUUUUUAUGUAAAGAUAAGUUUUAGGAACAGAGAUAAUAAUGGUAUAUUAUUUUAUGAAGCUUUAAGCAAGACCUUACAUGAUUUAUGCAUUACCCAAAGUAUAGACAAGUUCAAUCAAAAUUGUACAAUAAUUGAUAGAAAAAAUGGAAAGCCAAAAGUCGAAUUAUUGAAAAUUAAUAAAGAUCAAAAUAAAUUUGGUAUAACUGGUUUGGAAGAAUCAAAUGAAUCCAAAUUACUUGCUAAUGACAUACUAAUGGGCAACGCCCUACAAGAUUUAGACAGAUUAGUGGAAUUAAGUGAAGAUAUCAUCAAAAUGUAUAGCCAUACAACCACUACUGACAUAAAUAAAGACAUGAAACCCCCAAAAUUAUUAAUUGACAGAGGUAAAUUUACUAGUAAAUCUUCGUUCAUAUGUGAAAUAAGUAGAGAAAUCUUUGAUUUUUUGAUGAAUUUAAGUGAAAGAAACGAAAAUUUACUAUUAAUAAACAUCUUGGAUCUUUAUGCUCUAUAUAAUAAAACAGUAAGGAUCGGAUGCGGCUAUAUAUCUCCUUUUGAAUUUGAAAUGGCAUGUGAACAGUUUGAUAAAUUGAACUUGAGUGAUAAAUUACAUAUAAUGACUAUUAAUGACAGAAUACAGUGUUUGACUACAAAUCAAUCACUAAAAAAUUUCAAAGAAACUUUAUUAUUCUUGAUAAAUGAUCAACCUGGCCUAGAUCUAUAUCGUAUUAACAAAUAUUUACACGAUAUCGAUGGUAGAAAAACAUGGAGUAUGGGCAUAAUUGCAGAAUUGUUGCAAAUGUGUAUUCAAGAAGGUUCCAUUGUAGUGGAUGAUGCGUUUUCUGGCGAAUUUUAUUAUUCCAAUAUAUAUUGGAAAAAUGAUUAA